AUGAAGAACCUUGGUUCAAGUUCAAAAUCAAAGAUCAAUCCUAAAUCGGUUGUUAAAAAUAAUAAUAAAUAUGUUCAAUCAAGGUUACAAUUUAAUUCAAAUAAAACAAGUAGGAAGUCUAAUUUAACUAAAUGUGAAAAAUGUGGGAUGCUUUAUUCUAUAAAUAGCAUUCCCGAUAUUGAUUCACAUAAAACUUAUCAUACAAUGCAUUUAAGUGGUCACAAAUGGGCCAAGACCUGGGGUUCAUAUAUUGAGGGACCCAAACUUAUUGAUCAGAAGAUAACGCCACCGACAUCUUCAAGCACUUCAAACGAUUCAACGUAUACAUCUGACCUGCAAUCAAAAAAUGAAUACGUGGUAGUUGUUCGACCACAAUUCCCAAAAGAAGUGAAAGCUGCUUCAGAGCUUAUGUCUGUUGUUAAUGAUGAACUAAAUGCUCCUCAUAAUGAAAACGAUUUCUGGGCUACUGUCGACGGAAAAGGUAAACUAUUUUUAUAUAUAAAGGAUGACAGAGCAGUCGGUGCCAUAUCCGUCGAACCAAUCGAUUCAACAAGAAGCCGAUGGAUGGUAUAUGAAAAUAAAUCCAUAAUAGAUCACAUCAGACCUCACUUUAAAGUAGGUAUAUCGAGAAUCUGGGUCUGCAAAGAGCAUCGUUCACAGGGCAUUGCAGUAAAAUUAUUAGAAGCUGCAAGAACUAAUAUGAAUCCCUCACGUACAAUGCAACGCUGGGAAUUAGCAUGGAGCCAACCAACAGAAAGUGGAGGGAAAUUAGCAUCGAAAUAUAAUGGAAUGAAACACAAGUCUGGAAAACUACUGAUACCAUGUUAUAUUUAA